AAGAUGGUAGUCUCAGAGGAGGAGCUCAAUAGACUAUUCAGAGUCAGAAGGACAGUGAUGCAAAUGCUGAGGGAUAGGGGCUACCUCGUUACAGACUUAGAGAUUAACAUCUCCAAGAAUGACUUCAGGCUUCAAUUUUCUGGGAACGUAAGAAGGAGGGACUUUGUUAUUAAUAAAGCUAAGAAACAGGACAGCUCUGACCAGAUCUAUGUUUUCUUUCCUGAGGAAUCUAAGGUUACAUCUGAGACAAUAAGGACAUACGCCAACCGCACUAAAUCAGAGAAUGUAUUCAGAGCAAUUUUGGUUGCUCGACAGAAAUUGACUUUCUUUGCCCAGAAAUCUAUUGCUGAAAUAUCUUCAAACAUUCACUUGGAGUUCGAGGUUUUUCAGGAGUCAGAACUGCUCGUCAACAUAACAGACAAUGCCCUUGCUCCUCAACAUCAGGUGCUUACUGACUCAGAGAAGAAAACCUUACUGGAGAAAUACACCGUGAAAGAAACUCAGCUUCCUAGAAUGCAGGUCACUGAUCCAGUUGCUAGAUAUUUUGGAAUGAAACGUGGACAAGUUGUAAGGAUCAGCCGAAAUAGUGAAACUUCUGGCAAAUAUAUAACCUACCGAUAUGUUGCAUAA